AUGGAAAAGCUACUUUCAAGCUGGUCUUCAGCUGCCAUAUACUUGCCGGAAAACUAUGUGUUUCCCGUCCAUUCAAGACCUGGAGAUGCGACGGUGCCCUUUUGCAACACUCUCCCCAUCAUCGAUCUCAAUACUGCAUUUGCUGGUGGUCGCCAGGAUGCAGUGCAACAAGUUCUUGAAGCUUGUCAAGACUUUGGAGUUUUCCAGGUGAUAAACCAUGGAGUUGAUGAAGAUCUAGUGAUUGACACGAUGAGGGUUGUGAAGGAGUUUUUUGACAUGCCAAACGAGGACAAGGCUAACGUUUACUCAGAAGAUCCAAACAAAAAAUGUAGGCUCUACACGAGCACUUACGACUAUGAGAAUGAAAAGGUUCAUUUAUGGCGUGAUAAUCUUCGACACCAUUGCCAUCCUAUAGACGAGUUUAUUCAUUUAUGGCCUCAAAAACCAGCUAGAUAUCGAGAUGUUGUCAAGAAAUACUCACUUCAAGUGGGUGACUUGUCAUCAAGAAUAUUGGAGCUAAUAUGUGAAGGACUUGGGCUUGGGCCUACGUAUUUUGGAGACGGGCUUACCGGGACCCAAUUGUUUUCAGCUAAUCACUACCCACCAUGCCCCAACCCCGACUUGGCAUUGGGCUUACCCAAACAUUGUGACGCUAAUCUCAUCACUUUUCUUUUACAAGAUGAUAUAUAUGGGCUUCAACUCUAUAGAAAUGGAGAAUGGCUUGGCAUUGAACCCAUCCCUAAUGCCUUUGUUGUUAUUCUUGGUCACCAAGCCCAGGUUUAUUAG